AUGCGGGGGCCAGGCGAUGGAGGGCACGAGAGCGGGCCGGGACUCUUUGAGCGGUGGGCGGAUGACUUUGGGAGGAAUCUAGGCGGCUCAAUUGUCGAUUUUUACGAUGACUUUGACUCUCGUGGUCAUGCGUUUCGUCCGUUUGUUGUCUUGGGCUAUAAGAGGAACGGAUGGGCAUCGGCAAGAACAGACUUUGGUGACAAGCGCGCAGCGUAUGGUUCGAUGGAAGCGCAAGCUCAUGCCGUCGUAAGCCAGGGCGGUAGACUUUUGGUGAUUGAGAUGAUGCGAUUUGAUGGGGUAGGAGGAUGGAAGACUCAGGAAUCUGCCCGUGAGUGGGAGUGGUGGUUCCAAGGUAGGCAGAUUGAGAUGGAAGGAACUCUCACAAUUGCUUCCUUCCAAGUCCAGUCAGGGCACUUUCCGUCCCAUCCAAGCACCCGAGGCAGGUGCAGGCAAGGCAGGAUGGUACGCACGACUUCACCUGCCGUUGGUGGCACAGGCAGGCACAGGCACACCCAUGUUCUGUCGUCUGGUGGAAGAGCAGGAGCAGUCUUCCACCCCUCCAUCACUGCCCGGGCUGUUAAGCAUAGUACGUACCCCUGGUUCAGCUGA